CGGGAAUUCAGUUUAGAAAGCUGGGUGUCAUCGAAAUGUCGCUGUUCCUUUCACUGAUUUGUGUUUUGAUUUCCCUGGUUGUGUUUGCUGUCCGGCGGCGACUCGGAUAUUGGCAACAGAGGGGCAUACCCCACGAUGCACCCCACCCCAUUUUCGGGAACCUUAAGGACUGGCCCAAGAAGCGACAUUUUUCAGUGAUAUUUAAGGACUACUACAAUAAGUACAAAAGUUCUAAUAACCCCUUUGCUGGAUUUUACUUCUUCCUGACUCCGACGGCUAUCGUCACAGACCUGGAACUGGUCAAGAGAGUGUUGAUCAAGGACUUUAACCACUUUGAGAAUCGUGGAGUUUUCCACAAUGAGAAAGAUGAUCCACUCUCGGGUACGUUGUUUUCCAUCGAAGGCCAAAAAUGGCGCCACCUGCGACGCAAGCUGUCGCCCACCUUUACGUCCGGAAAGAUGAAGUACAUGUUCCCCAUUGUGGCCAAAAUCGGAGAGGAAUUGGAGAAGGUGUUUAACCAGAAAACAGCUUCAAGCCAAGUCGUCGAAGUGGUCGAUUUGGUGGCACGUUUUACUUCGGAUGUCAUCGGGUCCUGUGCCUUUGGCCUGAACUGCAAUAGUUUGCAUGAUCCCAAGGCCGAGUUCGUGGCAAUGGGUAAACGGGCGAUCGUCGAGCGGAGAUACGGAGGCUGGCUGGACCUCUUCUUCUUCGGAUUCCCGAAGCUAUCCCGCCGCCUUCACCUGAAAAUAAAUGUUCAAGAUGUGGAGGAUUUCUACAGUAGAAUUGUGAGGGAGACCAUCGACUACAGGCUGAAAACCAAGGAGAAGAGGAACGACUUUAUGGACAGUUUGAUUGAGUUGUACCAGAAGGAGCAGGAGGGCAAUUCUGAGGAUGGAUUAAGUUUUAAUGAGGUACUGGCGCAGGCCUUUAUAUUCUUUUUGGCUGGCUUCGAGACGAGUUCUACCACCAUGGGAUUCGCUCUCUACGAACUGGCCCUUAACCAGGAUGUCCAGGACAAGUUGCGAAAGGAAGUUACUGAGGGUCUCGCUAAAACCAAUAAUGAGUUUACCUACGAGGGUGUCCGAGAAAUGAAAUACCUAAAUCAGGUCAUAAUGGAAACCUUACGAAAGUACCCCGUCCUGGCGCAUCUAACAAGAGACACUGAGACGGACUUUUCACCCGAGGAUCCUAAGUACUUUAUAGCCAAGGGAACCAGUGUUUUGAUUCCUUCUUUGGGCAUUCACUACGAUCCGGAUAUUUAUCCUGAGCCGAAUGAGUUCAAGCCAGAGCGGUUUACGGAAGAGGCCAUUGCAGCCCGACCAUCCUGUACCUGGCUGCCCUUCGGCGAAGGUCCACGCAACUGUAUCGGUCUACGAUUUGGGUUGAUGCAGUCACAAGUAGGAAUAGCUUACCUGAUCAGAAGUUUCAGAUUUUCAGUUGCUCCGGAAACUCAAAUACCUAUGAAGUUUGUGACACCGAAUAUUCUUCUUUCGGCCGAAAAUGGUAUACAUCUGAAGGUGGAAAAGAUAUCCAAUUAAUAUUCUAGAGACUACUAGUCUGAAGAUAGCUCCCUUAAUCAAAAGAACGAUUUUUUGUAUAUUUAAUCAAUUUUGUCGUUUUAUCGUUUUUUUAAUCAAUAAAAUAUGUAUUCAUCCAUAAA